UAUAAAGUUUCAAUUGAAUGAUGCAACUGCUCAUUUAUGGAAGUUGGUAAAGCUUUCUACUUAGGCAUCUUAGAUUCACACAAAAUACUUGCCAUCUGUGGGAUUGUUUGUUUGGCCCAUACCUUGAAUGACAAAUUAUGUAACCGAGUACCAAAAACAAGCAUCUAGCUUAUUUAGCUUAGCAGGGAAUCCUAAACAUCUGAAUGAAGUGUUGCUGAAUAUGUUACUGUUUUUUGGUCUUUCAUUGCCAUCCUUUUUUCCCUAACCUAUUAGUAGCCUAAUAUAUCCUGAUUAAUGUUCAAGGUCAUCUUUAACCUCAAUAUAAUUGCAACUUGUCCUCUGAAGACUAGAUUUCUUGUGGUUGUCUAAAUAAGUGAAGCCUAUCAGGACUGAAGUUGAAUGUUUCAAAUUUUCAAUCCUCUGUUGGGCAAUCCCAGCUGAUUGUUUGUAAAGGAUGUAAAUGCAUGAUUGGUUUGCUUUUGAAAAUGAAUUUUGCUUUGCAAUCACUUGCCUGCUCUAGAAGAAGUCACUAUAUUGGACUAACUUUUUUAGAGACUUUGCUCAAUAUUAGAAAUGCAGACAAUAUUUGUGGUUGAUUUUAUUUUUCUGAAAGGGAUAGGAAAUCUUCACUUCAUAUGCAAUUAGCUUAUUUGUAUAUAUUGCCUUAUUGUAUCCUUUUAUUUCCUUAUAGGGAAAGUGAUACGGACAGAGAUGGGAAGGUCAGUUUUAAAGAAUUCUUUUAUGGCCUCUUUGAUUCGGUAAGAUACUAUGAUGAGGAGAGUUACAAUGAUCUACAUCAAUCUGAUGAUUCAACGGAUGCUUCAGCCAGAGCUUUGUUUUCUCAGCUUGACAAAGAUCACGACGGGUCUUUGUCAGAUAUUGAACUACUGCCUAUAAUUGGGAAAUUGCAUCCAUCUGGGCAUUAUUAUGCAAAGAAACAAGCAGAAUAUUUAAUUUCAUUGGCGGAAGUUGACAAAGAUGGGCGCCUUAAUUUGACUGAGAUGAUUGAGAAUGCAUAUAUAUUUUAUGAUGCUAUUUUCUACGAUGAUGAAGUUGAAUAUGAUGAUUCCCCUGACGAGUUCUUUUAAGUUUAUGUUAGGAUAAGCAGAAAAGCUCGGGACAAUAUCACUGGCAAGGAGUCGAUGGUAUUUGAAAAUAAUAAACAGUGUUGUAGAUUUUUAUAGAAAGUAAAAUGCCAACAGGUCAAAAUUAUAUAGGUUAGCAGAAAAAAAACAAAAUAUGUUUACCUAUAAAUACCACAGUCUCAUUUUUUGUUGUAUAGAUUUUUUAAGUUUGGUCUUGUAUGGCCAGAAGCUUCUAGGUGUUGUGAGCUGGCUAAAAAUUUGUCAAUAGAUUCCCUUAUUAGUUGGCAAUGAUUGUAUUCAAUUUGGCAUAUAUAGCCAUUAUGGCCUAAUGAAUAAUAUCCAUCAGUUCAAAUCAGAGUCUGCAUUUUAUAUUUGUACAUU